UGUUGCGGGUCCCAGAACUGAGACCGAGCUGCAGCUGCGGAGGAGCGGCGGCUGGUCGCCUGCGGCGAAGACAAAGAUUGGGUCCUGCGUGGCAGCCUCGGAUUCCAGCACGUCCGUCCACAGCGUGACCGGGCGCGACCCCUGCGUCCAUCCCCACUGAGCGCCCCUCCGCGCGUGGCCCCGAUGCUGGACAUGAGUGAGGCCCGCGCCCAGCCGCCCUGCAGCCCGUCUGGUACCGCUAGCUCCAUGUCACACGUGGAGGAUUCAGACUCCGACGCGCCGCCGUCGCCCGCGGGAUCGGAGGGCCUGGGCCGCACGGGGGGCGGCGGCCGAGGGGAUACUGCUGAGGCAGCAGAUGAACGCUUCCCAGCCUGCAUCCGCGAUGCGGUGUCGCAGGUGCUUAAGGGCUAUGACUGGAGCCUGGUGCCUAUGCCGGUGCGCGGCGGCGGUGGCGGCACGCUCAAGGCCAAGCCACACGUGAAGCGGCCCAUGAACGCCUUCAUGGUGUGGGCGCAGGCGGCGCGCCGCAAGCUGGCGGACCAGUACCCGCAUCUCCAUAACGCAGAACUCAGCAAGACCCUGGGCAAGCUGUGGCGCUUGCUGAGUGAAAGUGAGAAGCGUCCUUUCGUGGAGGAGGCCGAGAGGCUCCGUGUCCAACACAAGAAAGACCACCCAGAUUACAAAUACCAGCCACGACGAAGAAAGAGUGUGAAGACUGGCCGGAGUGACUCGGACUCUAGCUCUGAACUGGGCCACCACCCUGGUGGUCCCAUGUAUAAAGCUGAUGCAGUGCUCAGUGAUACGCACCACCACAGCGACCACACAGGCCAGACCCAUGGACCGCCCACCCCACCCACCACCCCCAAGACAGACCUGCACCAGGCCAGCAGCGGAAGCAAGCAAGAGCUAAGGCUGGAAGGGCGCCGCCUGGUGGACAGCGGGCGCCAGAACAUCGACUUCAGCAACGUGGACAUCUCCGAGCUCAGUAGUGAGGUUAUCAGUAACAUGGACACCUUCGAUGUCCACGAAUUUGACCAGUACUUACCCCUCAAUGGCCACUCAGCCCUGCCCACAGAGCCCAGCCAGGCCACUGCCUCUGGCUCCUAUGGGGGCACCUCCUACUCCCACUCCGGGGCAACUGGCAUAGGGGCAUCCCCAGUGUGGGCCCACAAGGGAGCUCCCUCGGCCUCAGCCUCACCCACAGAGGCAGGACCCCUUCGGCCACAUAUCAAGACAGAGCAGCUGAGCCCAAGCCACUACAGUGAUCAGUCACAUGGCUCACCUGGCCGUGCCGACUACAGCUCCUACAGUGCCCAGGCCAGUGUCACCACGGCUGCCUCCGCCACCGCUGCCAGCUCCUUUGCCAGUGCACAGUGUGACUACACUGACCUGCAGGCUUCCAGCUACUACAGCCCCUACCCUGGCUACCCUCCAAGCCUCUACCAGUACCCUUACUUUCACUCAUCCCGCCGGCCCUACACCUCCCCACUGCUCAACGGGCUCUCCAUGCCACCUGCGCACAGCCCCAGCAGCAAUUGGGACCAGCCUGUGUACACCACCCUGACCCGGCCCUGAGGCCGCUGCAUCCUGGAGGUCUCAGUGUCCACGAGGUAUACAGCCAGGUCUUUGAGAUCUUCGAGAAGCGUACUCGGAGCAUGGAGGCAGCCAGCAUGGCCUCACUCCGUCAAGUGCCUGCUGAAUCUGCAGGAAGCCGGGCUUCGUCACCCCGUGUCCCUUUGCCUCUGGAUAUCCAAACUUCUGCCAGGGGACAGAGCUCUCUUUUCCUCCUCUUCUCUUUCUGAGGUGACUGGUGAUUUCCAAAACAGCCGUUCUGCUGCUCUCCGGUUUGGAUAAGUGUGCACCAGCUCCUGGAUUUUGCAUCUCAGCAAAUGAGAAGAUGGCUACAGCUAAAAGACAAAGGAGGGGGGGCGCUCAGGUUCUUACCAGCCUAGCCAAGAACUCCCUGGGAUUGAAGGAUGUUGUUCCCAUGGUGAAAGCGUGAGAGCACAUCUGUGGAUGCCCGCCGAAACAGCCAUGCGGGCACCUCUCGGGACCGAUGUGAGAUGGAGGGGUUUCUCAUGACCACAGUUCUUCCCAGCAAGGUCUGGCUGAGAUGAACACUUCUUGUGCUUUUACUUUUAUUUUUAUUUUUGUUUUUUUUGUAAUUUUUAUUUUAAGGCUUAAACAUGUCUGUUUUGAAAGCUGUUGAAGACGUAUUUAUGUUCUGUGUUAUUUUAUCUUUAAUUAAUGAAGUAAUUUGUGCAAAGAGUAGAAUUUAAGACAAAAUGAAAGCCGGGGAAGUUCGUUUUGUAAAGGGCAGGAGGGAGGUGGCUCGGCACCCAUGGCAUCUCUUCCCUCGGCCUUCAGAUGGUCCUGAAGCCCCCCCAGCCCCAGGCACAGGAGGAAAUGAUUUACCUCUUGGGAUCUGGUUAGAGCAAAAUGCCCAACACCAGCAGCAGGUCGGGCAUUGGAAGGCAGGAGUAUCAUCUCUGGCCUCGGUGGUGCCAACUGGUAGAAGACAGAAUCCCCUGCGAGCUGGCAGCUGCAGAAACACGAGAAUCUUGGCUCUUUGGCACCAGGCACUACUUACCAAGCUGUGAAAGGAAAGCCUCCUCCACUAACCUGCCUAGGUUCCUAGUUAGUAACGUCUGCCUCACUGCCUGCUUCGCUGUGCUGAGCGCAUUACCGGCUACUUCACGGAAACUUGUGCCUUGGAGACUUUGUACAUUUAAUCACAUCUGAGAAGUUUGCUUCUUUUUAAUUUUUCUACUUUUCCUACUUUUUUUUUUAAGAGGAAAAAAACCCCUGUCUUUUUUUUUUUUUUUUUUUUUCUUUUAGCAUAUCUCCUUCUGGGGGUGGGGGUGGGAACCACAGCAAACUCAUUUUUAUGCAAUCUUUUUUUUUUUUUUUGGGCGUUGAAUUCAGAAAGACAUUUGCUGUCCUUGGCCUGCUGUGUUUCGCUACUCUCUGACCAAGCAAUGCUAACUUUUGUACAGAUUGAUUUGAUAAAAUUUAAAAAAAAAAAAAAAACAAACAAACUGCUUUUUAUCUACUCGGA